UGCGCGGAAGGGAAGCUCUAAAAAGCACCGGUAUGCGUGGUUUCGCGGGUAAUCGAAAACGCGUCAACUUUCGAGAAGACCCAUCGAGCAGGGUCGAGCAGGCUGCAGCUCGACAACGUUCUUCGACUCGUCCCUUCGUUCCCACGUACGAUUAGACUUUCUACAUACCAACGGUUAACCUCGUAUUUCUUUCGCUCGACCGUUUAAAGAUCGCAAGAAACGGAACUUUGAUUUGAUUAAAAGAAAAAUGUGUCCCUUAGCAAAACGAGGAAACGCGAGUAAUCGCGAGACGUCGACUAUUUCGCUCGGCUAGUCGCAGCCGUUCGAGUUCGUUGGACGAAGCGAAUGGGAAACACCGGUACGGGGCUUCCGUAUUUUUAACGAUUCAUCGACGCGAAGGUCUGCAUUCCUCGUCGGGCCGAGAAGCAGAUCCGAAUCGAUAUCGAUCCGUCGCUUUCGGGUUUCGUUGCAGCAAGAAAAUAAAUCGAUGUUUGGCAAGAAGCAUCGAUCAAUCAGAAGAAUAUAGGAGUUUUAAACGAUCAAGGCAGGUGGUGACGUGGUGGUGACGCGAUCGAAGGAAUUCGUCGUCGCGAAAUUGACUUAGUCAUCGGAAUAUUACGGGAUAUUAGCGGGAACGACGGCCGCUUUCGACGGGAUCGAGCGUAAAGCCGCGAAUACGAGGGGCAUGCAGGAAGCGUUGCCUAUCCCCGGUCUGAGUGAUCCAUGAAUCACUCUUCUACCUUGCGGCCUAGAUCGCACGCCGAUCGCCGUUUCCAGGAAGAAACAACGCGCGGCGAGGUAAAGAGGGCGAUAUCGACUAACACCUUUCCCGCGGAGUUCGGAGUUCCGAGUUUCGGGGGAUUCCUUUCGGCUGAUGUCCUUUCGACGCUUUUUACUACCCUCCUCUCGUCCUCCUUUCCCUCUUCCACCACUACCAUUACCACCAACGCCUCCACCAUCGUUCCUUUAACCGAAUGACGCGUCCCGCGUAGCUCGAAAAUACGAUUUCGUCAUUGGGUCACGUAAAAUUUUUUCUUCCGCGAAACGACACGCUGCGCGGCAAACUCCGGGGAUACCGUCAACUUUUCCCAACGGGUUAACGAUUCCUCGAAGUCGAGCAAGGUAUCGUUUCUAAAAAAAUUCGCGUUUCCGUUCGAACGGAAUUUGAAGCGAAAAUUUUGCUUCUUGCUAAGAAACCGACUUGUCCUAAUAUCGUGUCGUAAAAUAGAAGGGAAGGAAAGGGAAAGGAUGGAAUCGCGUCGGUGGUCGUUUCGAAGCGACUUUUGACCUGACGCGCGAUUACUCCAAUCGCUCGACCGACCGUCUCGAUUUCCUCGUCAACGUUGCUCCAUUUACCCGUCCGCCCUUCCGGCGAUAAGCAACGAUUCGAUCCAAGCGCCACUAUUUCUUCUAAUGCUUUGCAUUCGUACCAAUUCAACGGCAGCUUGCUCUGCGGUUUCCUGUUUCCGUUGCAUCCCGUCGAUAUAAGAAUAAAAGGCACCGGCAAGUUGAAAUGGAACGAUGGCAAAGUGAUCGGCGGUGACGGCGACGGCGACGGCGACGGCGACGGCACGACAUCGUGCCUACGGCGGGGAAUAGUAAACGGUUUAUAUACGCGAACACGCGUCGCUGCGAUAUUCGACAGUCGACGCGCGGCGCUCGAACGGAGCGGGUCGUGUUUCUUCGUCCCGUUCCGUCCUCUAUUCCCAGGGCCUUCUUUCAUUAUCUCGAUUUUCAACCUGCUGAUUCCGCGAUCGAGCUAAAUAAAAGAAGCGAAUAUAACCGUAUAAUAAAUAAUAUAGAGUUAUCUUAACACGGUCCGCGUUUUAAGAUGACCGCCUCGGCAUCUUUUCUCUCGCCUUUCUCCUUUUCCUUCCCAUCUUUUUUCCCACCGUUCGUAUCGUCUUCGUUGUCGUUGUUGUCGUCGUCGUCGUUGCGUAGGAAGAAGAGAUUGAACCGAUGGACGAUCAAUCGGGAUCGAUAUUGGGUAAAACAAUGCGAUAAAACGACAAAGGUUCGAGAGUGAAGGAUCAAUGGAUAGGGAAUAUCGAUGAGAUACCAAUAGGGCAAACGAACUAUAUCGUGGUACAUCGAAGAUAAGGAAAAGUGCGAAUACGCCGGAAAGUGAUUAGUUUGUACAUCCGAAUCUCGUGCCGAUCGACGCGUUUACCGAUCGACGAGUUAAGAAGCGAAGAGAAGGGAAUUGGGAAUUCUGCUUGUCGCGAAGAGGAGUGGAAGAGGAGCGAAGAGGUGGGGAAAAGGGGGAGGGAGCGUGAGGGAGAGCGAGAGGAGAGGCAAAGGGAAAUAGAAUCGGCGCGAAGGAGCACGGUAGCGACGAGGUGGUGUGUGUCUUCCUUGGCCGAAGAUAAUCCCGCGUAAUCGGGAUCGGGCGCAAACUCGCAUCAGAAGCCGGCUAUGGGAAAGCUGGCAACGACUGGUGGACGCGUGACCCGUGACAACGAGGAACGAGAGGCAUCGGUGUGGUCGGUCGAACGAAGCGGCGCCAGUUCCUGCCGCGCUUUCGUCGCGGUUUCUACGGACGGGAUCGUCGUCGGUGGUGGGAUCGUUCGGGCUGUCGCCGCGGCGAAACGUAAAGAUUUCAUCCGUACGACGACGACGAGUUACUCGAGGAACGUUGAGAAAGAUAACGGGAACGCGAAGCCAAGUAGUAGUCGGUGGUUUCUCGAAAAACGUGGAAUUGAACGUUUAAUCGAGACGAUAGAAGGCGACGCGACGGCAUUUGCUUUCUCGUUCGAAAAGCACAAACGACGUUCGAGAGGAUCUCUCGAUCUUGGAGGGUAUCGAACAUUGGUGAACACGAGGAGCAUCGAACGGCGUGGGAUAAUCGAUCGUGCGGGUGGUUGUUGCCGUUACCAGUUCGCUCGGGCAACGAGCGCGAGCGGUGGGCUGCUCAUCCUCCUCGGAUUAGCGGCGAUUGGCGCGGCGCUUUGCGUGCCCGCUUCGGGCGUGCCGAUGCAGUCGCGAACGGAUCCGUACGCACGAACCGGUCUUCGAUACAACCUCGACCGCUCGACCGGUCUCGAGGACGUCUACGAGGACGCUUUCGAGAAUGCUUUCCAAGAAGAGGAUCGACCGACGACGAGAACCGUUCUCGACGACACCGAGCUGGAUAUUAUCAGACGAAGCAUCGUGCGAGGUCUCGGCUUGAAGAGGAUACCCGACCCUUCCAAGGCAAACGUGAGCCAAGCCGAGUACGAAAGGGCGCACAAAGAGUACCUGAAAAAAGUCCAGUCGUCCUUCGACGAACAGAAUUUCAACGGCAGCAAGAAACUACACGUGUUUCAUGCUACAGCAUAUCCUGGAAACGACUCGAGAAUCGAGAGAGACGAACGUUAUCGUCAACGUUACCGUUACCGUCACCGUCAUCGUCACCGCUUGUUCUUCCCCGUGGAAAUUCCUGAAGAAAAUCACGUCGCAUCUGUGGAUCACGCGACGUUGCGGCUACUGCUUCACGGACCGAUCGAUCACGAUUACAGCAACGUUUUACAUCGAUUCGACGUGGAUGCGUUGCUUUAUCUCCGAGCUGAACGUUCGAGGAAGCUGUUGGUUCGUAAAAGAAUCGAGCUAGAGGAUUGGCGAAACUCGAUUUGGCUUGAAUUCGAUUCGACCCUCGCCGUCUCAUCCUGGCUCGGCGGUGAUCUUCAAAAUUUUGGCCUCGAACUCGAGUUCUUUCGCGACGGCCAGCCAGUCAGGCUUACAUUUUCCUCGCCGGUUUUGAACGUCUUCACCACCGGUAACUUACAUCCUAGAACGAAACGUUCGACACCUGAAGAAUUAAUGUCACUGCACAAAGGGCGUAGGUCAAAGUGCAAAGGUGAGAGUAAAAAGUGUUGCAGACACGAACUUACCGUGAUGUUCAAGGACCUGAGAGGCUUCGACUUUAUCGUUUACCCGAAAACCUUCGACGCUGGAUACUGUAAAGGUCGAUGCCCGCCCAGAUACAAUCCGGCUCAUCAUCACGCUCUUUUACAGAGUUUGCUGUGGAAAGAGGAUAGAAAGAAAGUGCCUAAACCUUGCUGCGCUCCAAGUAAACUCGACCAAUUGAUGAUCCUUUACUACGACGAGGACGAUUCGACUCAAUUAAAGGUGUCUUAUUGGCAAAACAUUCAAGUACUCGAAUGCGCUUGCUCCUAAUAAACCUGUGUACGAUUCGCGUAAUACGUACUGAAAGAAACAAUAAGUGGAUCGAGUGGUUACAAAGUUAAAAAAAAAGAUAUUAAUUUAUCGUCGUAGACUGUAAACGACUCACCAAAGAAUCGUUCGAGUAACCGUUUAGCGAUAGCACUUUUUCGUCGUAUACAUUUGUGCUAGGCUUACAUUAUCCAUGCGUUAUUCUCCGUACAUGUGUAAAACUGGCUUUCUUUUCCAGCUUUUUCUAACGCGUUUCGAUCGACGAAACCGUCUAUUAACUCGAUUCGAAGCAUUACCAUACCGAAAGUCGUGUUCUUAAAUCGUGGCUUUCGUAUUGACUGUGAUAUAGCUGCUAAGAUAUCUAACGUAAUAAUUUUAUUAACGGUAGUAAUUGUAUUUCGUAUUUGUUGAAUAUGUACUUGUUUCUUCUCACUUUUCCUUCUCUUCCUACCUUCGGCGUUCAUUCUUCCAUUAUCUUAUAUGUAUAUGCAACUUAUUUUUUUAUCCUUAAUUUAAGCGAAUUGCGGUAUCAAAUGCGAUUCGAACGAACGAACUAUCGAGACAAAUUGAGAAGCGCAGCGUACCUACUUACUUUGUUUAACAAGAAUCGAUAUCGGAAAAUUUCAAUGAACGGCCCGUUCCGAUUCGUACCACUCGAUAGCCUACCGUUUAAUUAUGUAUAGAGUAUUUCAUGCGGAAAGUAUCGAACGUAAAGAAUACCAACAGAUUAUCGAUCAAUUUAUUUCGUAAAUUCUUCGUCCGUUUUAUUGUUCGAGCUUCUGUUAGUUCCUAGUAGAGUUGUAGCCGCGUACCAUGAUUUUAAUCGAAUAGAUUCCUAUUUCCAUUAGAAAUUACACACGAUCGGUUUUUCUAUUUUAAUUACAUGUAUCCUCUCUAAUCGAACAUCGAUAUUGUGUAAAAUACAAAUUUAUUCGUUAUU